UAUUAUCGAUUAUGUCAUCGAAGGUGUGACAUCGCUAGCCCUGCCUACUAUUUGUUUUUAUUGUUGAUUAUUUUCCUGGAGAUCUAAAAAACCAGCGGCACAAUGAAGAAAAAGGUCCUGCUGAUGGGGAAGAGCGGAUCGGGGAAGACGAGCAUGCGAUCCAUUAUCUUUGCCAACUAUAUCGCCCGUGAUACGACACGCCUCGGAGCAACAAUCGAUGUGGAGCACUCGCAUGUGCGGUUCCUUGGAAACCUGGUGCUCAACCUCUGGGACUGUGGCGGCCAGGAGGGCUUUAUGAAACAGUACUUUGCCCAGCAGCGUGACAACAUCUUUCGCAAUGUGGAGGUGCUCAUCUAUGUGUUCGAUGUGGAGAGCCAGGAGAUAGAGCGCGACAUCCACUACUACCAGAGCUGCCUGGAGGCCCUGCUGCAGAACUCGCCAGAGGCCAAGAUCUUCUGUCUGGUGCACAAAAUGGAUCUGGUGCCGGAGGAGCAUCGCGAGAAUGUGUUCACGGAGCGCAUGGAGGAUCUCAUCAAACUGUCGAAGCCCGGCAAUGUUACUUGUUUCCGCACCAGCAUUUGGGAUGAAACACUAUACAAAGCUUGGUCUUCCAUUGUCACCAUGCUGAUUCCGAGUGCCGCCCUAGAGGGCUCCGUGGCGCAUUUUGCCAAUGUGAUCGAGGCGGAUGAGGUGCUGCUAUUCGAGAAGGACUUCCUGGUGAUCUCCCAUUGCCAGAGCAAGAAGAACCGCGACUCGCACCUUGAGAAGGUGUCUAACAUCAUCAAGCAGUUCAAGCUGAGCUGCUCCAAGUUGGGCGCCAAGUUCCAAUCGAUGGAGGUGCGCAAUAGCGCUUUCGCCGCCUUUAUUGACACCUUCACCAGUAACACCUACGUGAUGGUAGUCAUGUCGGAUCCGACGCUGCCCUCGGAGGCCACACUAGUCAACAUAAGGAACGCCCGAAAGUACUUCGAGGAGCUGGAGAACCCGAGCAACAGUGCCAUGAACCACCACGGCCAUAAGUACCAUUGA